CAGAGGAAAAGAGAAAUAUCGGCUUUUCUCUCUCUCUCUCUCUCUUUUUCUUUCUCUUUCUAUCUAUCGAAGAAUAAAAUUCGCUUACCGAUAAUACUCUCAUCUAUUAUAUACUUACUGAUAGAACUAUUACAUUGAACUAUCGAAACGUUGAAAGUACAUUUAAACAUGCCAGUUAUACAGGAUGACUCGUGUGUAAUUUGAUUACUUGAAAAGAGUCUUUUAUUUUAAUUUAUCAACCAACCGAGUCCAUAUUAAUAAUUCAUUAAAUAAAAAAAAAAAAAAGAAAAAGAAAAAAAAGAAAAGAAACUUUAUCUCUUCGAUUGCCUAUAUAAAUUUUUAAAAUAUAUCUCGUCGUUCAUUAUAUUGAACAACUAAUUAAACGAAGAACUCACUAGUAAAGUUAAUUUGAAUAUCAAAUUAUGUGAGACCAUAUUGAACUUGUUAAACCUGACGACGGAGAACGUAAUCGAGAAAAGGGGAAGUUCUAUCUGUUAGAUUUAAAUGUCGAUUUCGUAGACAGCUCGCGUAAAAGGUGUGUCAAUGUGUUCGAGGAAAGUAGAAAGAUCUAAAAGAGGUAAAAAGAAAGAGAAAAAGAAACAGAGAGAGAGAGAGAGAGAGAGAGAGAAAGAGAGAGAAAGAGAGAGCCACGCGUCUGGAUCAGCGACGUACGUCGUAAGCAUGUCGUCGUCGAUAGGAUAAGACAGGACAGGACUUGGGAUAGAACAAGACAGGACAGUCAAGGUGUACUCACUUUCUCGUCUACGCGGACGCGUAGACGCGACAAUGCGGCUAGCUGCACGCACGUCGUCCCAAAGGAGCCUAUUAUUUUCUUGGGUGCAGCGACUGGCCGUGACAUGAAUGUCAAUGUGUUUGUAAUGCGACUUACCUCGUUCAUUCCCUUCUAUUCUCUUCCCUUCCUAGCCCUUCUUCUUUUUUUCUUCCUCUUCUUCCUCUUCCUCCUCUUCCUCCUCCUCCUCCUCCUCCUCUUCUUUUUCUUUUUCUAUCUUACCUUUCCAUAUAGCCAGUUUGCUUUUAAAUGUAGGCGAGCCGGCACCAUCAGCAUGUACCUCUAUUACGUUACGCCGGUGUGUUGUGUUGGCGGCGAGUACGGUGAAAGCCGUUCUUUCUCAGUCCUUAUUUCUUACGAUACGCACGACUCGUGUUACAUGCCAUUAACUAUUAGAACAUUUUAUGGAUUAUUGGAAAAUCCAAGGGUUUCGUGCCUCUUCUCUGUGGUUAAAGAUUUUCUAAGUGUAUGCGAUACUCUUCUUUUACAGUCAGUUUUCCUUGAAAAUGGGAAUUUGCGAGCACAUUAUACGAAGACCACCGUACGAGCUGGCGAAGUGCUCCGAUUAACCGCCGUUUUUCAAGACACUAGACGAGCUCCGGUCUCCAAUAGCGGCAUAUCCGGCGUAAUAACUGGCAUUCCGGAUGGAAAGAGCUCAAGAUCGUCGGAGAGAGAUCAGUACGCUCAGUGUCUAGAUUCUCAUGGGCACGAGCUAUUUGCUCCGCUUUCGGCGAGAGGCGAGUUUUAUGCCACUUGUCAAAGUGGAACCCUUGAUACUGGAAGCGACGCGGUCCUUUACAGAGUUCAUCAGCUCGCUAGGAGAGACCUACCACUUAGAGUACGUCUAGUCGCAGGGCCUUUACCAAUACCAUUACCACGAGAUUAUAGUGGAUUGAUGCAAUUGGAAGGUGCGACGAGAGGACCAAUAGUAUUGGGCUGUGCAGUACCACUGAUGCCUGAAAGACCUUUGCCAAAUUCUACGGUACCGGAAUUAUUAGAACUCGUAGCUACCGGUCCAACUGCGCCAAGAGUGAAAAGAGCACGAUUAGGAUGUCCUUCCGAAGCAAGGCUAUUGGCGUCUCCGAAAAUGCAACGAUUAUUAUCGGCAUGCAGAAGAGCAUUGGAUCAGAGAGCAACGGAGCCUCGAGUGGCACCACCAAAACCUUGCAUCAAUGGUGGCCAAUUGAAGGAACUUCACUUGAAGGAAAUCAAAUCUAAACCUGAACCUAAACCGAUACUUCAGAGUCUUAAAGAAAGUUUAGAACAUAUAAAGAGAAGCACGAUACGAGAUCGUAGCAAUGGGAGAAAUCUUAGUACCGGUAACAAUCACAGCUUUCUCGACAAAAUCUCGAGGAUAGCCCAAGGUGGUAGAAGCCGGAAUCCAGCGAAAAAGUCAGCGUCCUUCACCUUUGCCGUUAGACCGGAAAUUGGUAUGAGAUCACCGGAGAGAUACGCGAGUCUCGAGUCGGAAACAAAUCUCAUGCAUGCAUCACCGUCUUCGAGGCAUCAGGUUCAAAGAUCGAUCUCAACGAGUGUGCUAGAGAUUCAGUCCCAGGCUGAGGCCGAUCCUCCUUAUUCCAAGGUCAGAGAUAGUCUAACACCAUUGCCACCAACACCACCACCAAGAACGGAAGAUAUCUAUGCUGAGAUUUGUGAACCACCGAACAGAAAAAUACUUCGUGAUUCUCCGGAAGAGAAGCCACCGCCUCCUCCACCAAGUAAAAAUCAGCAGUGUAGUGGUGGUGGUGGUGGUGGUACCAGGGAGAAAGACAGAGGUUACGUCAAGUUGGCUUUAACACGAUCGGAAGUAUCUGACGUUUCAACGAGUACGACUACCGGAGACGAAGAGGGAAUUUAUAACACUGUUUGUUGAGAAUACUCACGUUACAACAUUUCCUUCUUCUUUUUCUUCUCCUUCUCAUUCAAAGAAGAAUGUGCAGAAGAGCAAGCUCGUCGAAGAUUAACCAUAACGUUGAAAAAAGAAGAAAACUUAGAAGGAUGAGAGAGAGAGAGAGAGAGAGAGAAAGAGAGAGAGAGGAAAAAACAAAAAAAAAAUAAAAAAAGAAAGAAAGAAUUAAUUGUGAGAUUGAAUCUUCAAUGAGAAGGCUGUUCGAACGUGGACAUCCUCGACGAGAGGACCGAACAGGAAAGAUUUGCAAGGCCAUUGACCGAAGAAAAUCAUCCAGUAAUUACAGACUCGCGGACGAGCAACGGAUAUAGCGGUUUUCUCCGAAGAUGGCUUUCGCAAUCUGGCUUCCGGUAUUACGGCGAUACUGUCGUCGAAACUACCUCAGACUCGAGUUCAAUGAAAAUAACAUAGUUGCGUGUGUUUAUGGGAAUUCCUUGUCCUAUACGAAAUGUAAUCCAAUGAAUUCUUGGGAAACAGUUGAAAGAAAAAAAAUAUAAGGAAAAAACGAAAGUAAUUGAUACGAUCUUCGAAAUACCUGUUUGGAUUAAUUUUUUCUUUUUUAUUUAUCUUUAUUUUCGAUUAAUUAAAGACGAUCUCUUUUAAAAGGACGAACGUUCAUCGAAGUUCGUUGGGCAGAGAGAUCUUCAGCACAAAAAAAAAAAAAAAAGAAAAAGUAUUAAAUGAAAACGGGAAAGAAAGAAAUCGAAUCGAUGAAGAUCCAGCAAGGGUGACAAUUAAUCUAUUAACUCGUCAUGCUCGAUGAACGUUCGCUUCCUCUCUUCUUCUGGUUCGUGCUGCUCGAUUGAAAGUACUUACUUACGAAGCGAAGUAUCGCGUGACGGCUCGCGAUUGGCUUGCUCCUUCAAACGUAUACCUUUACGAAGGAAGGCCCAUCUUGGUUGUUCGGUCUUCAUCUAGAAUCACAAUUUGAAGCGCUUCGAGGAAACUGCCAACCCUCGUAUGAUGAAGCGUUAGAACGGAGAUUGUGGAAAAAAAGUGAGAAAUGAAAAAAUAUACCGGGUGAAUAAGAAGACGAAGAAGAAGAUGAAGAAGUAGAAGAAGAAGAGAAGAGAGCAGAGAAAGAAAGAGAGAAAGAGAAAGAGAAAGAGGAACGGAGAUCGAAGGAAAGGUGGGGAGAGGAAAAAGCCCGCCGGGAAGAUACAAGAGAGAGAGAGAGAGAGAGAGAGAGAGAGAGAGAGAAUGCAUGCAUCGAAAAGCUCAGAAGAAAUGUGUAAUCUUCUCUAAUUCGAUGUUCCUCUCUCC